AUGGAUGUAAUAUAUACUGAUUUAGACAAUUAUAAUGAAGUGAAUCUUGUUCAAGAGCUAAAAUCUGAGAACAAGGAGCUAAAGUUUAAACUCGAAGAAUAUUCUAGUGCUUUGCAUCGACUACAAAAAGACUUUGAUAAACUAAGCGGGGAGUUUAAGAAUUUGGAGAGAAAUUAUUCAUCUCUGUUAAAAACAGCUAGAGCGGAGAUUGAAAGAAAAACUGAGACUAUAAAAAAUUUGAAUUUAGAAAAAGAUCAGCUUGUAAUUAAAUCUCUGCAAAAGGGUAAGAAUAUACUGCAGAACCGACGAAGCAAUUUUAAAGAUGUCUAUCAAAAUAAAACCAAUGAAGUUAAACAGAAUGCCAAAGAUUCAGCCGGAAACUCAGACAACCUAUCUCAACUUAAAACCCAAACCUCAGUGGAUACUGUGGCCAGUAUACCAGCAGACAGUAAAUCGAAUCAAACUGAAAAUGUAACAUUGAAAAUAACCAACAAAAAUAAAUUUACUUCAGAUGAAAAUAAAGAGAAAGAUAGAAAAAAUAGGACACAUCGAAAUGAAAAUGUCCAGGAGACAGAAAGUGUUAAGAAAAUUAUUGAUAGAAGAAAAUCAACUAACUAUCCGGAAGUUGAACCGACUUACAGUUCUGAUGAAGAUUCAAGAAAGACUAUACCUGAACAUCACCAAAAUCCUCAUAAAGAUAUUUGGCAAAAUGAAAAACGCUAUGAACAGCAAGAUCAUUUGAGUCUACCGUCAUAUGAACAUUACACCCAACCACUACAACCUUCAUACAGACAUAGAAGUAGUAGGUACAGUGAAUAUGAAAGACAAAGGACUCAUGACUACGACACAUAUGACAAGUCUCGAAGAUAUUACAGCCCAGACAAUCAUUACAGAUACAGUAAAGAGACAUCUGAUAAUUACAAUCAGAGAGAAAAUAAAAGGGAAAGGAGAUAUGAGAGAAGUCCCGGCACUGAUAGAUACAAUCGUGCUAAAAGUAGAGAUAGAAGGAAUAAUUUUGAAAGGGAAAAUUACUAUGAGCAUGGCAAAAAAACCCAUCACACUAGUGACCUUCCUGUGAAGAGACCUUAUGAACUUGAAGAACCGAGUAGCAAGCGGUUAAGAAUAGACUCUUAUACAAGACAUAGUAAUAUUGACAAAGAAAAAGAAUUUGGUGAAAGACAUACAUACACUCAGGGACUUCAAGAUCCAUCUACAUGCCAGUCACCUGACUAUACACAUAUAGAUUCAAAUGUACAUCAUUCGGUUAAAGAAAUUAUUCAUACAGCUCUAACUCCUCUUCAAGAUCCUAGACUUUUAAGUAAUAAAUAUAUUUUAAAAUCAAAUAGUGAAAAGCCAAUCCUUAUGACAGUCGCUGGGAGUAAUGUUGACAUAUUACCGAUAACUGGUUGGGAAGUUGAUAGUAGUUUUAAGGCCACUAAACAAAAUGAUGCUAAGUUACAGUCUGAUGAGGAUAUACAAAAUUUAUCGACAGAAUCAGGUGAAAUUCAUAGUAUAUGUGAAGAUCAAACUAAAGAAAUUUUCCCGAAUAUUACUGAAUUAAAGAGUGAAAAUUGCAAGAAAAGUAGUGCCAUUGUUGAUACAAACCAACAAACAUCUUCAAAAGAUGUUGGAAAGCCUAUAAACUUCUACAAGAUUCCGCGUCUGAAAAAGGCUGAUGACGCCAAAAAGACCAAUAACAUAAAAGAAAAGAGUGAUGAACAUAAAAAGAUAGAAGAAUUUGGAAAAGAUUUCAGAGUUAUUGUAGAAGGUAAACAUUUAAGUGACAAGAGCCCUGAGAACAUAAACGACACUGCCAAAAAUAAAACGACUACCGCUAACACUAGAUAUGAUAAAUCAAAAUCAAUAUUACAAAAGUUAAUUGACGAAACAGAGUUAAGUGACACCUCUAUCAGCUUUAAUAUUUCAGAAAGUAAUAAACUCGUCAAUAUUAGUACAAUUGAAGGAGAUUUAGAGUUGAGUGACGAAACAAGUGACAAUAUGGACUUAAUAAAGGAAGACUCGAGUAAAAAUGAAGCGAAGGAAGAAAUAUCUUACGAAGUAACUAACAAACAAGUACAGUUAAGUUUAGAGAAAGAGAGUUCAAAUAAAACGGAUGAUAAAGUGAAAAGAUCCAAAGAUUCGAAAAAGUCAUCACAUAAAAAGGAUUCUAGUAAAGAAAAGAUACGUGAAACUUCAAAGAGACGUAAAACAAAAAAACAAAAAGAUAUAGAAGAAUUCAAUGUUUCGAAAGAUAAGUCGCCUCCAAAAGAAAGCAUAGCAUCGGAAGAGAAGCCAAAUAAAUCCAGUCCGGCAAAAAAUAAAUUCACCGACUUGUUCGGUGACAGCAACAGUUUAAUAACGCCCGAUGAUCUAGGAUUGCCUGUCGCCUCUACACUCAAUACAGGCAAAUUUGAAUCAAUGUUUGAAAAUACACAGGAUGCGGUAGACUUGAGCGACGAACAAGUCAAGACGGUGCAGGCUCUUAAAGACAAUAACACAGAGGAUGUUGAAAUGAGUAAAGAACAAUCAAUACAAGCUGUCCCUGGUAGUGAUACUGAAAACAAGAAGAGCGACGACAACAAACAUAGAAAUAAUAAACCCGUCAUUUGCAAUGAAGACAAUUCUUCAGCGCUAAUCUAUGAAAAUGUAAAAGCUGACAACGAGUCUGAUGUUAUUAAAACAAUCAUAAUAUCUACUGGAAUACAGCCUCAAUGUGUUUCUCGAGACACAGAAGUCCCGCCGCGUGAUAAUGUUGUUCAAAAGCAAUUUGACUUCCAAAAGGGCACAUUUAGUACAGCAAUCGCAACAUCGACACCUUAUAAACUAGAGAGCUCUCAGAAAUCUCUUGAACAGGACUCUACAUUAGUACCGGGAGAAUCUACAAAUAAUAAAUUUGACCAAAACGACUUGACUUCUCACACCCCAAUCGGCAUAAACACAAAUGAAAAUAAAAUCAAAAAUGAUGCUGAUGUACCAGACGUCAGAAUAUUCGUGAAAAGAAGAAAGAAAAUCACCAAAAAACCCGCUUAG